AUGAUGAUGUUUCAACAAAAAGGGGCCAGAGGCAGAAAGAAUUAUAUUCUACACAGUCCUGCCAGGAAAAUGCUGCAUUUUGAAAUCUCUAAGGAAGGCAGUGACCUGUCAGUGGUGGCUCAAGCUGAUGUGUGGCUUUUCCUCAAAGUAUCUAAAGCUAAUCAGACCAGAACAAAAGUAACCAUUCAGCUCUAUCAGCAGCAGAAACUGGCAAAAUGCAGCUCUCAACUUGAGACUGAGGUAAUAAUUGCCGGUUCCCUGAAGAGGCAUCCCCUGUUCAAGGCUGGGGACAGCCACCAACGAAAGGAUAGCAGCACCUGGGGGGUCACCUGGAUCCUGAAGGUGGCGUCGCUCGUCCCGGCUCUCUGGAGAUGUUUAAUGGCCUUGGCCUUAAGGGCCUGUUUGGUCGGGUCUGUGCAAUCACAUAGGCCAUUCCUAAUGUUGCUGGCCAGGCAGUCAGAGGAUCGGCAGCACAGACGGAGGAGGCGAGGCCUUGAAUGUGAUGGUAAAGUCAACAUUUGCUACAAGAAGCACUUCUUUGUUAGCUUCAGAGACAUUGAUUGGAAUGACUGGAUUAUUGCCCCACAAGGCUACCAUGCCAAUUAUUGUGAAGGUGAUUGUCCCAGUCAUACUGCAGGAACAUCUGGUUUUACCCUCUCUUUCCACUCCACUGUUACCAACCAUUACCGCAUGAGAGGCCACAGUCCUUUCUCCAACCUCAAGUCAUGCUAUGUACCUACCAAGCCACGGCCAAUGUCUAUGCUUUAUUACGAUGAUGGGCAAAAUAUAGUAAAAAAGGACAUCCAGAAUAUGAUUGUAGAAGAAUGUGGGUGUACAUAG